GACGCAAGCGCCGUGGGUUUCCGGGGGCCAAGCUCGCUUCGCGAUCACGAGUUUGCAGCAUGGGGUCCGUGCCCCGAACACUCGAGCUGUUCUACGAUGUCCUGUCCCCCUACUCCUGGCUGGCCUUCGAGGUCCUGUGCCGAUAUAAGAAUAUCUGGAACGUCAGCCUGCAGCUGCAGCCCACGUUAAUUGGAGGGAUCAUGAGAGACAGCGGAAACCAGCCGCCAGCUAUGCUUCCCCGCAAAGCCGUAUACAUGAGAAGUGACGUUAGGCUCCUGAGCCAGCAUCUCCAGGUUCCCAUCCACUUCCCCAAGGAUUUCUUCUCUGUGAUCCUUAAGAAAGGAAGUUUGACAGCCAUGCGCUUCCUCACUGCGGUGAAGAUGGAGCACCCGGAGAUGCUAGAGAAAGUGUCCAGAGAACUGUGGAUGCGCGUCUGGUCACGGGAUGAAGACAUCACAGAGCCCCCAAGCAUCCUGGCCGCUGCAGAGAAGGCUGGCAUGUCCAUGGAACAAGCCCAGGAACUUCUAAAAAGGGUCUCAACACCACAAGUGAAGAACCAGCUCAAGGAGACCACUGAGGCAGCCUGCAAAUACGGGGCUUUUGGGCUGCCCAUCACUGUGGCCCACCUGCAUGAUGAAACCCACAUGCUCUUUGGCUCCGACCGGAUGGAGUUGCUGGCAUACCUGCUGGGAGAAAAGUGGAUGGGCCCUGUGCCUCCAGCUGUAAACCCCAGACUUUAAGCCCAAAGCCCAGAGGAAGCAAGACGAUUGGUAUUAAAAAGCAAACCAUCUGCUUACCCCUCCUCCACUGUGGGGCCCUGGGACUCUGGUUUCCUAUCUGAUAGAGGUUCUUGUCCGGUCUUGGGGUAUGCUGGGGGGUGGGGGGGUGGGCAGGACAAUACACUAUCUGCCGUUAGUCUCACCGAGUGCCUCUGAGAACCUCCAACUCUGCUUUUCACAGAAUAAACCUAAUGCCAUUAGGCAUCAUGUUCCUCA